GCCCUUUGCUUCUGUGGCAGAUGUCUGUGAUUUAACUCCUGGAGUAGGACAGAGCAAUUUGAAUUCCAGCACUAUCACUCACAAGCUAUGUGGCUCAGGGCAAGAUACUUCAUCUCACUGGGCCUUGUUCUUGUCUAUAAAAUGGGAGUAAUAAUAAUAUCGAUUCCCCAUGGAGAUGAAGUCUAAAUGGAUCCAGGAAUCUCCAGGGCUUAGCAUAGCCCAAGGUGCGCAGUCAGGUGUGUGUAUUCUGUCUGGACAAAAAGGCAGAUACAAGAGGAUCAGGCUGAUGAGACAGACCCUGAGGCUGUCUGGCUCCUUUCCUGUAGGGCUGGCAUGCAGGCAGGGAAGAGGUCAGUGGGCAACAAUGUGGGUAGAAAUCUGUUCUCCAAAAAGAAAGCCCCACCACUCAUGGCUUCCCUUCACUGGUCAGUUUAUCAUCCUCGUGAUUGACAGCUCGGACCGGGAUCGGCUGCUGACUACUCGAGAGGAGUUGUACAAGAUGCUGGCCCAUGAGGCACUUCGUGAUGCUUCAGUCCUGAUCUUUGCCAACAAGCAAGAUGUGAAGGACUCCAUGACCACGGCUGAGAUCUCCCAGUUCCUCUCUCUCAGUGCCAUCAAAGAUCAUCCGUGGCACAUCCAAGGCUGUUGUGCUCUGACGGGGGAAGGACUGCCUGCUGGGCUCCAGUGGAUGCAGUCUCAGGCCACUGCUAAAUGAUGGCCCAGCCUGCCCGAGCGCCCUGGAAACCAUGGGCGAUCUGCACAGUCAGUGUGGAUGGGAAACCAAGUGCCUAUUGUGCUUUUCUCUGAUUCACUGGUGGGAGCUGAGCAGCUGUAGACAGUUGUCAUCGCCAACUGUCACAGAGGCGCUGGCCCUUAGACCCUAAGUUGCUGCAGCAAAGUUGUCAUCCACUCUGACCCCAGGGGAGCUGCUGGGUGUGUUGGGGGAUCGGAAAGUGCAUCCCGGUGCCCAGACAGGGACCUUCCACACCCUUUUACCCUCCCCUCUGAAAUGCUUACUCUGACUACAGUACAGGGCUUGAGCUUUGCGCCACCUGGUGCUAUCCCUUCACUCCUAGCGUCCUUCCCUGAGAACCCCAGUCAUCCCAAAGGUCCCAGGUUCUAUGGGGACUAUUUACUUUGUC